AUGUCAGGGGCUGAAGCGCCGUUAAUAGCACACGUUGACACUGCUGGAGAAGCAGAGCAGGAAAACACAUUGUCAGAAGGAAUUCAUGAGGAUGACGCCAAUUUGCUCAGAUUGCCAGACGCGCCACCAGGCCUGUUUAUUUGGCUACUAGUGUUAUCGGCUGGCAUCAGUGGACUCCUUUUUGGAUACGACACGGGGGUAAUAUCAUCCACGUUGGUCUCCAUCGACGACUCCCUCUCGGGCCGUCAGCUCACAUCUCUGGAUAAGUCGGUGAUCACGUCGUGCACCUCGCUAUUUGCACUUUUGAUCUCGCCGUUUUCCUCAUCUAUCGCCGAUAGCUUGGGCCGGAAACGCGUCAUCCUGGUUGCCGACCUUCUCUUCGCUGUCGGUGCCAUCUUGCAGGCAUGCAGCGACACGGUGGCCGAGAUGGUCGCUGGUCGGUCCAUAGUCGGGGCCGGAGUCGGGGCAGCGUCCUUUGUAGUGCCGCUCUACAUUGCCGAGACCGCCCCGGCUGACCACAGAGGCAAGCUCAUCACCAUCAACGUGCUGUUCGUCACGCUUGGCCAGGUGGUCGCCUACGUGAUCGGUUGGCUUUUCGCCGAGUAUGGCGACAAGUCCAGCGGCUGGAGGUGGAUGGUUGGUCUAGGAGCCGCUCCCGCUGUGGUGCAGGCAGUGCUUCUCCUUGGGAUGCCAGAGACCCCACGUUGGCUGGUGAAGGCAGGCCGGAAAGAAGAGGCACUCGAGGUAAUCCGCCGUGUCGCUGGCGGUAAGCACAGUUCGACCUCUGAUCGGGUAGCUCGGCGUGUCCUUGAGGAGAUCGAGGUCGAGAUUCGUGAAGAAUCCGAUGCUCGCAGAAGACUCUUGGCCAGCCGUGACGGGAUGCAGUCAUCGACGCCAGGGUGGAUGGAAACAUGGUCAGAGCUUGUCAAGGUGAGGCGGAAUAGACGAGCUCUGAUUGUCGCCUGUCUUCUCCAGGGACUACAGCAACUGUGCGGAUUUAACUCUUUGAUGUAUUUCUCUGCAUCCAUAUUCACAAUGGUCGGUUUCGCGACACCAACCCUAACAUCAUUAACGGUUGCCGUUACAAACUUCGUCUUUACGGUGCUGGCGCUAUUGCUAGUAGAUCGCAUUGGCAGACGUCGUAUACUCCUCUACUCCCUACCUUUUAUGAUUGCUGGGUUGCUGCUUGCAGCGUUCGGCUUCUCGUUCAUAUCGAUAUCUCCAGCCGCAAACUCAUCAGCUACACCUCGCGCGGCCAAGACGGGCGAUGUGCAGCUGUCGCCGCGGGCCGCAGCGGUAAUGAUACUGAUCAGCAUCAUGAUAUACGUUGCAUCCUACGCCAUUGGACUCGGCAACGUUCCGUGGAUGCAGAGCGAGCUCUUUUCGUUGAGCGUACGAUCGGUUGGCAGUGGGGUCGCUACCGGGACGAAUUGGUUGGCCAACUUUGUGGUGGGCUUGACGUUUUUACCCUUGAUGGAUGCGUUUGGGCCGCCGGCAACUUUUACCAUGUACGGGGUUAUUUGUGGUGCUGGUCUUGUACUCAUCUGGAAGAUCUAUCCGGAGACGACGGGAUUAAGUCUCGAGGAGGCGGCAAGCCUGCUGGAGGGUAGCGCCUGGGGGGUACGGUAG